AUCGACCCAAUGGUUCACAGUAUUACAGAGGGAUAUUAUCAGAAUGGGGGCUUUGGAUAGGGAAAACCUUGAAAAUGGAAGCCCGAAUGAGGAUACAAAGAAAGAAAAACAAAGGAGGACACUCUUUCCAAACCUGGGUCCCUUUAAAGAAAAAUACAUGGAUUCCAUUUUCAUAGAGGGAAAUAUGGAAGAAACUACAACAGCACUUGAGGAAUUUCCUCUCAUCAAUUUUUCUCUGGUCCCUUAAUUGUGUUUAAGCCUUGGUGCAGAGAGGAGGGAGGACAAAUCAUUCAAAGACAUCAGGCAUUGAUCACUAGGAAUUCUUUGAAUUUUAAUUUGAAGAGAGGAGAUCCCUGUCCUGUCACUUUAUUGACAGACGUGCUGUUACAGGCUGUCUUCCCAGAGGUCGCAGAAGAAGCUCAGACGCUGCUGUUCCUUCCCUCCCAAGUCCAGUGGUCUCCCUGGUAAUGGAUUGCUUCUCUCUGAGCUUCCACCCUGGUGAGACCUCCCAGGUCUAGUCUGUGAACUCAGCUAGGAGACAAACUGUAAAAAUGACCGAAGAGCCCAUAAAGGAGAUCCUGGGAACCCCGAAGUCUCCCAAGCCAGUGGCAAUGGAGAAGAGUUCCAAUGGUGAAGUCAUGGUCACCAUGGUACCCCUGGUCAAUGAGAUUCAGCUGACAGCCGCCACGGGGGGCACUGAACUCUCCUGUUACCGCUGCAUCAUUCCUUUCGCCGUGGUCGUCCUCAUCGCCGGGAUAGCGGUCACUGCCGUGGCUUACAGCUUCAAUUCCCAUGGCUCCAUCAUCUCCAUCUUAGGUCUGGUCCUUCUAUCAUUGGGACUUUUUUUGUUAGCCUCCAGCGCCCUGUGCUGGAAGGUGAGACAGAGGAGCAAGAAAGCCACGAGGCGGGAGAGUCAGACGGCUCUCGUGGCAAAUCAGAGAAGCUUGUUUGCUUAGGACUGAGACCAAACGGAAUGUGUGGUCUGAAGGACCUGCUCUCACUUCGUCAGCCAAUGCACCCAGGACUGGUGUGGGAGAGGAUGGACUUGGCAUUGCCGCAGACCAGAGGCAUGGGGGUGGCCUGAGGGUGGAGGAUGGAUGGGGUUCUCGUCUGUGAGCGAUGACUUGUGUCUUCGAUGACAAACUUAACUCUAAGGGCUAUUUCUAAGACUGAAAAAUCAGUUUUUCCUCUACAUUACACAUUUUAGGGGUCAUGGGAGGUGCACGGCAUUAGACAACAUUGGUUCACCUUGGAAAGCAGGCAAGAGAAGAUGAGUUCUGGCACACCAGCAACCUGCCUCCAAAAUAGAUAACCCAUGCUAUUAGCAUGUUAUAUCAUAAAAAUGUUCUGCUGGGAGUCUAAACUGCCUUGAACUUUGCAUACUCCUGUGAAAUUCUGUGAUCAUUUUUUUUUCCAAAAAGUUGAUUCUCUAGCAUCUCUUUUAUUUUUCACUUUCAGUAACUCAUCACUGGUGGUACUUUUCUUGAAGAAUAAACUAAUAUUUUUUAUGUUUUAACGUUGGGCAGUUUUUAGAUGAUCGUAAUGCUGUGUCAGAAGUUUUAAAAAAAAACGUAAAAUGUGUAGCUACUCGAUGACAUGUGGGGAUAAAUUAAUAUUAAAAUAAUCCAA